UAUUUACAAUAGCGAAAACGAGAUACGACUCGUGCGGAGCGAAUAUUUAAGUCAUGUAGAGAGUUUAAAUUGAGGAAUUACUGAGAAAAACACCUGGAACGUUUAUUAAUGACCACAGCAUUAAUCGUGACUGAUAAAUGAUAAAACAUUUCCAUCUCUUUUAUCGUUAGCUUUUCCUGUUCCUCGUUACGGCACUGGGCGUGGAUUAUUCCGAGUCAAAAGGGACGCGCGGCGACACAACAAUAACGACUUUGCUCAACAAGUGCCUUUUUGUUAUAUAAAAUAACAGGUGUGAAAGCGAGAAACGAAAUGUCUUGUUGCACCGGUGACAAGAAUGAGGAACGCGCCGAGCCCAUGCGGGUGCAAGGAUGCACGGAUGUUUUUUGGCUCUGCUUCUUUAUAGCAUUCUGGUUUCUCAUGAUCUUGAUUGCUGCCUUUGCCAUAGUCUAUGGUAAUCCUGUACGACUUAUAAAUGGAUAUGAUAGUUUUGGAAAUACAUGUGGAGUAAAGUAUAAUCCCAAAUUUGGUAGCAUGGAGCUUUCUGGGCAAGAUACCAGUGACAAGCCAUACUUAUUCUUCCUGGAUAUAAAUAAUGUUACACAGUCCUUAAAAAUUUGUGUGAAACAAUGUCCCGACAGAGUCUUGCGGACAAUGGACGAUAUUUGUACAUUUUACGAAGAAACGGGAUCACAAUUAUGCCACGACAGACCAGGCGGUGAUUUUAGCGCGUGUACCGGCCAGAGUAGCAAAUUCAAGAAUGGGUCUUGCCCCGAGAUGCCAGUUUAUCCUAGUACGCCCGUUUUAAAUCGCUGUAUUCCCAAGGCAGUCCAGGAUGUGGGCGAAACGAUAAUCUCGAAUUUAUAUGGCUUAAUCAAUUCUUGGGAUGUUAUUGAACAAGUUUUGGGAGACCUAUACAAAACUUGGAAGCAAAUUCUAGCAUUAUCUUUUCUUGCUUGUGUUUUAUCGAUCCUUACAAUAUCCAUCUUUCAUUUAUUGGCAAGUCUUGUGACAUGGAUUAUAAUUGUACUUGUAAGCAUUGCUUGCACAGCUGGUACAAUUCUUUUAUGGAUGACAUAUAUUGAUAUAAAGAAAACUUUGGACAAAACUGACCCAAAUGAACUUCUUGAAGAAUCUGUUCGAAAUGAAAGAGCGUUUCUUGCGUUUUCCAUUAUUGCUACUAUUAUUACUAUUAUUUUACUAUUUCUUUCACUCAUACUACGCAAACGUAUCAGCUUUAUGACAGCACUAUUCAAAGAGAGCGCAAAAUGCUUGAAAGAAUUACCCGGUUUAUUUUUCGAACCAGCCUUAACAUUUAUAUCUUUAAUCAUCUUUUUUACCUUUUGGGUAUUUAUAAUUCUUUGUCUUGCAACAGCUAAUUAUCCUGAGACAAAGUCAGUGCAAAUGUACAAAAACAAUAUAUUUAGUCGUUUGAAUUUAAGUUCAAUUGGUGAAAAUGCUCCACUAAUUGAAGAGAAAAAAAUAGACUUUUCUCUAGAGAGUUUCAAAACAGCAUUUACUCUUGUGGAAUAUGUUGAUGCAACUUGGGUAAAAUACAUGUGGUGGGUUUAUCUUAUUGGACUCAUAUGGGUAUCAGAAUUUAUUGUUGGAUGUCAAACCAUGGUAAUAUCGGGUUCUGUUGCCCAUUGGUACUUUAGAGGUAAAAAUGCCAGCAAAUCUCCAGUGUGUUUAUCUAUAGGGAAUUUGAUUUGUUAUCAUUUAGGCUCUGUAGCGUGUGGAUCAUUUUUGAUAACUAUUUUUAAAUUGCCCAGACUAAUUUUAACAUAUCUGCAUACCAAAUUUGAAAAGACUAAGGAAACAUCUCCAUGCUCCCAGUGUGGUUUGAAAUGUUGCAUUUGCUGUUUCUACUGUUUAGAGAAAUUUAUUCGAUAUAUGAAUCAAAAUGCAUACACUGUUGUUGCUAUAGAGGGUACCUAUUUUUGCGAUGCAGCUAAAACAGCCUUUACAACACUCGUCAAUAAUGCUCUGCAAGUAGCAGUAAUCAACGGAUUUGGCGAUUUUAUAUUGUUCUUGGGAAAGUGUUUCGUCACGGCUGCAACCGGAAUUGUCGCAUUGCUCUUGAUGAGACGAGAUCCUACUCUUCAUUUUUACGCUAUUCCGAUCUUUAUUGUUUGCGUUUUUUCAUUCUUUAUCGCUCAUUGUAUAAUUUCUCUUUACGAGACUGUCAUUGACACGCUAUUCUUGUGUAUAUGUGAGGAUAAAAACUUGAAUGGUGAUAAUGGAAAAUGGCGACAAUCUGCAUUAGCACAACUCGGAUCCUUCAGCAGCAACACAAACGGCCAACAGUCCCACGAAAUGACACCAAUAAAUGAAUAAGUAUUUAUAUGCAUAUUUUUUAUACAUCUUUAUUCGUACGUAUAUUUUUUUUAUAUUGUUGGAAUACUUAUUUUUGUGCAUUUUAUCACUUUACCUAAGACACUAAUGAGAAUUCAUUCCUUUUCACAAUAUCGUAUCAUUAUACAAAUAACUUUACAAAAAUUUAUCACGAGAAUUAUUUUUAGAAUGUUUUAAGAUGUUUAAUGUCUGUUAUGUGUGAUGAUAUAUAAUCAUUUAUAACAUAGUUUUUACAUACAACAAAACAUAAAUGAAUACUAUAAUAAUAAUAUUAUAUAUAAUGAUAUAUAUGUCA